AUGGCUCCCGCACCCACAACCGUCGUCUCCUCCCCCACCCCCUCCGCUCCUACCCCUGCACACACAGGCCCCAUCGGUGCCGACGGCAAGCCUCUCAAGCCCUGCUGCUCAUGCCCCGAGACCAAGAAGGCCCGUGACCAGUGCGUCUUCAACCUCGGCGAAGAAAACUGCCUCGACAUGAUCAAGGCCCACCAGCAGUGUCUCCGUGACCUCGGAUUCAAGAUCUAA